CGCCCCGCGCUCCGGCUGAGCUCCGCGGCGGCGCUCGCAGACAUGGCCGUGUCCGUCGCCACCAAGACGGCGUGGAAGCUGCAAGAGAUCACGGCUCACAGCAGCAACGUGUCCUCACUCGUCCUGGGGAAGAGCUCAGGCCGGCUGCUGGCAACUGGCGGAGAUGACUGUCGGGUCAACAUCUGGUCGGUUAACAAGCCCAACUGCAUCAUGAGCUUGACAGGCCAUACUACCCCCAUCGAGAGCCUGCAGAUCAACACCAACGAGGAGCUCAUAGUCGCAGGCUCCCAGUCGGGCUCUAUUCGAGUUUGGGAUCUGGAAGCUGCCAAAAUUCUUCGGACRUUGCUGGGUCACAAGGCAAAUAUCUGCAGCCUCGAUUUCCAUCCUUUUGGAAGCUUUGUGGCAUCUGGUUCUCUGGACACAAACAUUAAGCUCUGGGAUGUAAGAAGAAAAGGCUGCGUCUUCAGAUACAAGGGUCACACCCAAGCCGUUAGGUGUCUCCGGUUUAGUCCUGAUGGGAAAUGGUUAGCCUCUGCUGCUGAUGAUCACACUGUAAAGCUGUGGGAUCUGGCUGCUGGGAAGAUAAUGUUUGAAUUUACAGGACAUACUGGCCCAGUAAAUGUCGUUGAGUUCCAUCCCAACGAAUACCUUCUGGCUUCUGGCAGCUCUGACAGGACUGUCCGAUUCUGGGACUUGGAGAAGUUUCAAGUUGUGAGCUGCAUUGAAGAGGAGGCCACACCAGUCAGGUGUGUGCUCUUCAACCCCGAUGGCAGCUGCUUGUAUAGUGGCUUCCAGGAUUCCCUGCGUGUGUACGGCUGGGAGCCAGAACGCUGUUUUGAUGUGGUCUUGGUGAACUGGGGAAAAGUAGCUGACUUAUCUAUCUGCAACAACCAGCUGAUAGGAGUUUCCUUUGCACAAAGCACCGUCUCCUCUUUCGUUGUGGAUCUCAACAGAGUCACAAAGUCAGGUUCCAUUCUUCAUGGGCUCAUCAGAGAUGACAAGCCUCUUGUUCAGCCUACGCCUGCAGGGUCCUCGCUUCGUCGCAUCUAUGACAGGCCAUCAACUAGCUGCAGCAAGCCACAGAGCAGGGUGAAACACAACUCGGAGAGCGAGAGACGCAGUCCCAGCAGUGAAGAUGACCGGGACGAGAAGGAAUCAAAGGCUGAAAUCCAGAACCCGGAGGACUACAAAGAGAUCUUCCAGCCCAAGAACUCCAUCUCUCGAACUCCUCCACGAAACAAUGAGCCCUUCCCAGCGCCUCCUGAGGAUGAGCCUGCAGCUGUAAAGGAAGCAGCGAAGCCCAGCCAAACUGCGGAUGUCCAGACCCCAUUGCCAAAGCAGGAACACUCUGACCCAAUUCAGAGGCCACCAAUUGCCGCCUCAACUCCUGUCACAAGAACGGAGCCAUCGGUGAUUCCUGCAGCAAGGAAUGAGCCCAUUGGCCUGAAGGCCUCCGACUUUCUACCCGCUGUGAAGAACCAAAGCCAGGCUGAGCUGGUGGAUGAGGAGGCCAUGUCCCAGAUCAGGAAGGGCCACGAGACCAUGUGCGUGGUGCUCACCAGUCGCCACAAGAACCUGGACACUGUGCGGGCUGUAUGGAGCACUGGUGACAUCAAGACCUCUGUAGACUCCGCUGUGGCCAUCAAUGAUCUCUCUGUUGUUGUCGACCUCUUGAAUAUUGUCAACCAGAAAGCGUCUCUCUGGAAGUUGGAUCUGUGCACCAUAGUCCUGCCACAGAUAGAAAAACUACUCCAAAGUAAAUAUGAAAGUUAUGUGCAGACUGGCUGUACCUCUUUAAAGCUCAUUCUGCAGCGAUUCCUGCCGCUGAUCACAGACAUCCUUGCUGCUCCACCCUCCGUUGGGGUGGACAUCACCAGAGAGGAAAGGCUCCAUAAAUGCAAGCUGUGCUACAAGCAGCUCAAAAACAUCAGCAACAUUGUCAAGAACAAGUCCGGGCUCAGCGGCCGCCAUGGUAGUGCCUUCCGGGAACUGCAUCUGCUCAUGGCUGUCUUGGAGUGACCGGUCGCCUCACGUGCAAACACACAGGUGGCCAAAUUCCCCUCUGCUCUUGGUCCAGCUGGAUUUCACCUGUCUUGCUGUGUAUCCAUCUUUUUGUCUGGCAUGGUAGGGAUCUGGAACCUGGCUGACCAUCUGGCCACCUGCACAAUCCCAGUGCCUUAUGGGCUGGAUUAAAGACCUGAGUGGAGAGGUCUCUGCUGUGUGAGGGGUCCUGACUGGCUGAGGGUGUUGAAAGUCCUUGUAGGGAAGCAGCUUCAUUUCAGCUCUCCAUCUCCUCAUCAGUGCUUGCUCUGUCUCUGUGUGCUGGCCUUUCCAUGACGGGAGGGCUCCGAACCUGCUCUCACCCUUCCUUCACCCACGUGUGCUGUUGGUUCUUGUUACUUGACCAGGUGGCCAGGGCCAGCUGGGCUUGUUCUUUUUUUCUUUCUUUUCUUUUUUUUCCCCUAUUUUUUUCCUGAGGACUGCAGUUUCUGUCCCRCAAAAGCCAGCUCUUCUGCUCUUGGAUGGAGUGCCCUCUUCCUACAGCAUGGGCCUGACUUCAUCUGCUGGCUUCUGGGACUAGCCCCUUUGGAUUGCUUCAAAACCCUGAGCCAGGAUACCAGGACACCUUGCCUGGUGCAGUCUCAAGGACCUGUUUGGAGAGGAGUUGUCUCAUAGCUCCUCUGCUCGAAACCCUGGGCCACAUAACUUAUCUUCAGCCUGUCGUUGGGAACUGAGGUCUACCUGAGCCUGUUAAAAUAGGCGACUUGAGCAGGACUUGCCGUGUGUGUUUGCCUUUGAGGGGACGGGUUUGGGAGGGUGGCGGGCAGAGGGACAUGGACUAAUGUCUUUCUCCAUCCGCUGGACUCUCAGAUUUCUUUUUCAAUAAAUGGCUGUCAGAA